AGAGGGCACCAGUCGCCACUUCCCAGGCUGGCCGCCAGGGACGACAGAGGGCAACUGGCUGGGCAUUCCUGGGACCUCCCCAAGGCGACCCGCCGAGGAUGAAAAGACGCGGGUGAAAGAACGGAGUAUUUCGCAUUAUUGCUCCCUGAACCCCCGCCCCAAAAGAGCCAGACUCCGUCACUGCCCCAGUUUGGGGAAUGAGACCCUCUCACUUUGUUACCACCCUUCGGGCUUCCCCGGUGCGGGUUGUGUGCUCUGAGAUAGGAUAUUCCCCAUCGGCCUUCCACUGCUGAUCUCCUGCCUCGGUCUGACAAGUGCCGGCGUUAUGACCUGGAGAGCACGCCCAGCUCCUCAUCACCAUGCGGGCUAGACAGCUGGCCUUUCUCUUCAGUGCUGGUCACACAACAAUCGAAAUGCAAUGAGCUCUUGCUCCGCGGGUUUGCAAGCUGACGGCAGGAGGAAGCACCGGGUGCAAGCUUCUCUGACCCUUGGGUGAUUACAGACAUACUCACUACCUGGCUUCCGGGUUUGAGGAAUGGAUUCAUGGGGGGAAAAAUACGUAGCCCCUGGCUGGGCGCAGUGACGCACCGCUUUAAUCUCGGCACUUGGGAGGCAGAGAUCAAGGGAUCUCGAGUUCCGGGCCGGCCUGGUCUACAGAGCGAUUUCCAGGACAACAUCGUGAAACUCGUCCCACGGGGGGAAACAACGCUAAGACCCACGCCUGGGGCACUAAAGCACUCAACAAACGCUAGCUUAACCUCGUCACUUUCGCUUUGGCCACGGGGCCCAGUCGCCCUUUUAAGGGACACACCACUUCCCCACUUGGGCGGAAGUACCCCCCGAGGGCUCCGGAAGUGACUUCAGAGCCCUUCAGAAACAUGGCCCCGGAGCGUUGUCCCGGAAGCGGUCACGGGUCUCUGCGUGACGCUGACCGAGUGAGAGCGUCCCGCGGUGUUUCUAUGGUGCCGCCCGCAACCCCCAGGCUCUCCGCUUCCUUUCCCGCCUGAACGCCGGGAGCUGCGAGGCCGCCGGCGGACCCCACCCGCGAAGCGGCCAGCGGGCGCCCGGGGGGAAAGGGUUUGGCCAGGAGGUGGCGCUCUGGGCGUCCCCGCCCGCGUCUCGAUGGUGCCCGGCGCUCCAGCGCCCCGUCCCGACUCCUCCGGGCGGACGCGGCCCCUUUAACCGGCCGUGGGCGGGGCCGAGGAGUUCCCGCGAGAGCGGCGGGGGGCCGGGGGGCGGCGCCGAGGCCGGGGGGCCCGUGGCGGAUGGAGCCCGCGAUGGAGCCGGAGACGCUGGAGGCGCGAAUCAACAGAGCCACAAAUCCCCUGAACAAGGAGCUGAACUGGGCCAGCAUCAACGCUUUCUGCGAACAGCUCAACGAAGACUUUGAGGGGCCUUCACUCGCCACCCGCUUGCUGGCCCACAAGAUCCAGUCCCCGCAGGAGUGGGAGGCCAUCCAGGCCUUGACGGUUCUGGAAACAUGCAUGAAGAGCUGCGGCAAGCGGUUCCACGAUGAGGUGGGCAAGUUCCGCUUCCUGAACGAGCUCAUCAAGGUCGUGUCUCCCAAGUACUUGGGCUCCCGGACGUCAGAGAAGGUGAAGAAUAAGAUCUUGGAGCUGCUGUACAGCUGGACGGUCGGCCUGCCUGAGGAGGUGAAGAUUUCAGAAGCCUACCAGAUGCUGAAGAAGCAGGGGAUUGUGAAGUCUGACCCCAAGCUUCCAGAAGAUGCCAUCUUCUCCCUCCCGCCUCCACGGCCCAAGAAUGUGAUCUUUGAAGAUGAGGAGAAGUCUAAGAUGCUGGCCCGCCUGCUGAAAAGCUCACACCCAGAGGACCUCCGGGCUGCCAACAAGCUCAUCAAGGAGAUGGUGCAGGAGGACCAGAAGCGGAUGGAGAAGAUCUCAAAGCGGGUGAAUGCCAUCGGGGAGGUGAACAACAGCGUGAAGCUGCUGACAGAGAUGGUGAUGAGCCACAGCCAGGGAGCCACCGCCAGCAGCAGUGAGGACCUCAUGAAGGAACUGUACCAGCGCUGUGAGCGCAUGCGGCCCACACUCUUCCGAUUGGCCAGUGACACAGAAGACAAUGACGAGGCUUUAGCUGAGAUCCUGCAGGCUAACGACAAUCUCACCCAGGUGAUCAACCUGUACAAGCAGCUGGUCCGGGGUGAGGAGGUCAAUGGCGACGCCACGGCCAGCUCCAUUCCUGGGAGUACCUCAGCCCUGCUGGACCUCUCAGGCCUGGACCUCCCUCCCUCGGGCACCACAUACCCAGCCACGCCCACCCACCCUGGCAACCAGAGCAGUCCAGAGCAGCCCAGUGCCUCGGUGUCCCUGCUGGAUGACGAGCUCAUGUCUCUGGGCCUAAGUGACCCCACACCACCUUGCCCCAGCUCCGACAGUGUGGGAUGGAACAGCUUCCAGUCCUCAGAUGGCGCUGAACCCUCGGUCCCCCCUCCAGCCCAGGCCCCCAGCGUGGACUGCCGACCCCCAGCACAGGUACCCCCACCAACGAGCAGCGGCCUGGACGACCUGGACCUCUUGGGGAAGACCCUCCUGCAACAGGCACUGCCCCCGGAAGCCCAGCAAGUGCGGUGGGAGAAGCAGCAGCCAGCCCCCCGGCUCACUCUCCGUGACCUGCAGAGUAAGGGCAGCUGCAGCUCGCCCAGUCCAGGAGCCACCAGCCUCCUCCACAACACGUCCCCAGAGCCCCCUGGGCCUCCACCACAGCCAGCACCCACCGAGCUCUCCUUAGCCAACAUCACUGUGCCCCUGGAGUCCAUCAAACCCAGCAGCAUCCUGCCGGUGACAGUUUAUGACCAGCAUGGCUUCCGCGUCCUCUUCCACUUUGCUCGGGACCCACUGCCAGGGCGCUCUGACGUGCUGGUGGUGGUGGUCUCCAUGCUGAGCACCGCCCCCCAGCCCAUCCGCAACAUUGUUUUCCAGUCGGCUGUCCCUAAGGUCAUGAAGGUGAGGCUGCAGCCUCCUUCGGGCACAGAGCUGCCAGCAUUUAACCCCAUCGUCCACCCCUCAGCCAUCACCCAGGUCCUGCUCCUUGCUAACCCCCAGAAGGAGAAGGUUCGCCUUCGCUACAAGCUCAUCUUCACCAUGGGCGACCAGACCUACAACGAGAUGGGAGAUGUGGAUCAGUUCCCCCCUCCAGAAACCUGGGGGAGCCUCUAGGACGGGGUGGCUGGAGAGAGGAGGGCAACAGGACCCAGUCCUGCUCAGCCUGGGCUUCUCUCCUUCCUGUGGUCCCCAGUGACUUCCCUCUCCCUAGGCCUCUUCUCCUGCUGAGCCAAACCCGGCAGGAGGCUGGGCCUGGGAUUGCCAUAGCUGCUGGGAUCCCCAUCACCAGUGGGAGCCUGGAACAGGGAGGGGCUGUGUGCCCUGGAAAGACUCUCGGGAGUGAGGGAAGAAGCAUGGCUGUUAGGCCCAGCUCUGACCCCAGCCUGAGGUGGGGUCUUCCCCACCUGUCUUUUAUGCCUUACGGAAAGGCCCAGCCAUAACUUGGAGGCCAUGCUGGAGCUGGGACCAGCCCGGGCCUCCUCUGUGGGACCCAGUGACUGGGGUAAUGCCCACGCCCUAGCUGUUUGCACUUGGUGUGUGGUUUGGCUCUUUGCUUUGCUUUUGGAAUGGCCCUGUGGUCUCAGAGCUGAAGGAGCUCCACUCAGCUCCUGGCCCUCUGGAGGCCUCCCUCUGCUCUCAGGCCUCCUGCAGGGCCAUGGGAACUUGAAAGCAAAGCCCGAGGACAUGCCCUCCUGGAGGGCCAUGGAACUCCCAGAGUUCCAUGCUUCAUUCAUCAGCUUCUGCUGGGGCCUCCUGUGAGCACCUCACAUCUGCCCACCCAUCUGUGGUCAAAAGUAGGGUCUGUGUGGGUGACAGCGGGAGUAUUUAUGAAAAUAAAAUGACCUUUUCCUGGA